ACAAACACACACAGACACACACAACCUUCCCUCCAAUGUCCUCCCUCACUAAGCAACCAGCAGUUUUAAAAAACCACUUAUCUUCCUUUGCAUAUUGGGUGUGGGCAGUUACCUUCAGAGCUUCUGAACGCUCGCCCAGUGUAGAGCAAAAGAAUAGAAACAGUUUCUGGGAGCCAAGGCAGAUGAAAGGGGACAGAAACUCGAUUUAUUGAAGUCAAGUUGCAUAAUUUUUCCAGUUGGACUCUAGCUACCGAAGGAGAUGGAAGGGCUGAAUCCACGCAGUGUUCUCGUGACAGGAUCUAAUCGGGGCAUCGGCCUGGAGCUGGUGAAGCAACUGGUGGGGAAAAAUGACCCACCAGAAUGGAUCUUUGCCACUUGCCGUGACCCAGAGGGACCAGGUGCAAAGAGCUUGAAGAAUCUGGCUGCCCAACACCAGCACCGAAUAGAAAUCAUCCAGCUUGACACUUCUGAUCCAUCCAGCAUCAAUGCUGCUGCAGUCAAAAUUACUGGACGUCUACACGGAGCUGGGCUGAAUCUGUUGUUCAACAAUGCUGGAAUAGUAAAGCCAUCCAGUCUGGAAUCAGAGACACCAGAAAACAUGCUAGAAGUGUACAAUACCAAUGUCGUUGGUCCUAUGGUAAUGGGCCAGGUCUUCCUACCUUUGCUGAGGCAGGCAUCCAAGGAAAGUCUUCUGAAAGGAAUGAGCUGCAGCAAAGCUGCAAUUAUUAAUGUAUCCAGUGACUGCGGCUCCAUCACCAACGUUCUGGCCUGGGAUAUUGGACAAAUCCCCAACUAUCGUUGCAGCAAGACUGCUUUAAACAUGCUCAACCGAUGCCAGUCCCUGCAAUAUGCCCAAGAUGAGAUCCUGUGUGUUGCAUUGCACCCUGGAUGGUUGCAGACAGAUAUGGGAAGUGGAUGCAAAACAUUGAAAGCCCCAACUACAGUUGAGGAUGGUGUACAAAAUAUUCUUAAAACACUUGCCCACCUCUCUGAGAAAGAAACUGGCACUUUUCUGAACUGGGAUGGAAAACCUCUUCCUUGGUAAUCCAGCAACUUUCAAUCAGCCUGCCUUUUAAGAAGAAGAUAUGAAGAGCCCUGAAGACUCUUCAUAUAAUAACAGGGUUUUGAUUUGUAACUUUGAUUUGUAACUUUUCUUAAAUCUUCAAACCUUGGCUCUGCUAACUAGCUUUGGGCCUUGACGAGGGUCUUUUAGGCUGGAGGUGUAAGAGAGAAGGUCCCAUGUCGUAUAUCUGGCUAUUAGUUUUAUAUCAUUCCUGUUACUUGUCAAUGUUUUUGUAUUUCUGCUUCUAUUGUAUUUCAAGCUGUCCAGAGUCACUUUGCAUAGGGAGAUGGGUGGCGUAUACAGGUAGUCCUCAACUUACAACAGUUCAUUUAGUGACCGUUUGAAGUUACUACAGGACUUAUGUCCGUGUUCCACACUUAACCAUUGCAACUUCCCCAUGGUCACGUGAUUAAAAUUCAGGCACUUGGCAACUGACUCAUAUUUAUGACAGUUGCAGUGUCCUGGGAUUGUGUGAUCCCCUUUUGCAACCUUUUGACAAGCGAAGUGUCAACUGUGGUCUUUUAAAGUUGCCAGCAGUUUUAUUUUUGCAGCUUGCCAAAACAAAACUGCAUUCCAUAAAUGUUUUCAAAGAUAGUUUCUAGGUGACUGAAGUGUUUGCCUCGCAAAUAUCUAACUGGAGAACAUGAUUGAUGACUCUUGGCUAUGGAUGUGUCCCAUUGGAGAAUAUGA